ACCCAUAAACCCUCCCUCCUCUCUUCUCUUCUCUCCCCCCACCGCUAGGGUUUCGCUCCGCCACCACCACCUCGCCGCCGCCGCCAUGGCCGCCGACACCUCCAAGCCCUUCUUCCCGGCGGCGCCGCACUCCGCCCUCGUCCCCUCCGGGCGCAAGGCCUCGCGCCUCUCGCCGGAGUCCUCCUACUGGCGCUCCUUCCGCGCCUCCGAGCUCACCUCCCCCAGCGAGUUCAACGUCACGCACCUCGCCUUCUCCCCGUCCCCGUCCCCGGCCCCCACCCUCGCCGCCUCGUGGGCCACCUCCGUGCUCCUCUUCUCCGGGGACCCCCUCUCGCCGCUCCCGCGGCUCUCCGUCUCCGACGACGUCACGUUCUCGCCCUCCUUCCGCUCCGACGGCGCCCUCCUCGCCGUCGGCGACAAGAAGGGCGUCGUCCGCGUCUUCCGCCCCGACAAGAAGUCGUCGGGCCCGCUCCGUACCCUCAGGGGCCACUCCGCCGAGACGCGCGUCGUGCGGUACCCGGUCGCCGGCGGCGACAAGGUCCACCUCUUCACCGCCGGCAACGACGCGCUCCUCUCCUACUGGGACGUGCCCUCCGAGACGCCCGUGUUCACCGUCCCCGCCGCCCACCGUGACUACAUCCGCGCCGGCGCGGCGUCCCCCGUCGACCACAACAUCUUCGCCACGGGGUCCUACGACCACACCGUCAAAUUGUGGGACGCCCGCACGGGGCAAACCCCGUCGUUGUCCUUCUCACAUGGCGAAUUGGUGGAGAGCGUGCUGUUCCUGCCGUCGGGCGGGCUGCUGGCGACGGCCGGCGGUAACAUGGUCAAGAUUUGGGAUGUCAUUGGUGGCGGGCGGCUCGUUCACUCGGUGGAGAGCCAUGUCAAGACGGUGAUGGCCCUCGCGCUAGCGAAGAUGAGCAGCACUGGGGAGACCCGGUUGCUUAGUGCAGGGAGUGAUGGUUAUGUCAAGUGCUUUGAUUACGGUGAGCUUAAGCUCACGCACUCGAUGCGAUACCCGAUGGAGCUGCUUUCUUUGGCGUGCUCGCCCUGCGGGACAGUGCUGGUUGCUGGUUCUUCAAAGGGUGUGAUCUUUAUGGGUAGGAGGAAAAAGAAACAGACGGAGGAUGAUGAGGAAGAGGGCAAGGGUGUUGGUGGUGAGUUUGAUUGGGCACCACCCAAGCCAGAGAAGACACGGUUGACGCCAUCUAGCCAUAGGUACUUCCUCCGCGGACAGAAUGCGAAGGCUAAGAAGGGCGACUUUGUGAUUGAGAAGCCUAAGAAGGUGAAGUUCGCUGAACACGAUAAGUUGCUGAGGAAGUUCAGGCACAAGGAUGCUCUAGUUUCAGCCUUAGCACAAAAGAAUCCAAGGAGUGCUGUGGCAGUGAUGGAGGAGCUAAUUGCAAGGAGAAAGCUGGUCAGGUGCAUUGGAAAUUUGCAAACGAAGGAGCUUGAAAAACUCCUGCUGUUCCUGCACCGAAAUGCAACCUUGCCCAGGUAUGCAAGGUUCUUGAUGGGGGUGGCAAACAAGGUGCUGGAGAUACGUGCGAAUGAUAUCCGGUCAGAUGAGAAUCUAAGGGGUUGUAUUAGAAAUCUUAAGAGAAUGGUGACAGAAGAGAUUCAGAUACAGCACACAUUGCAGGGGAUUCAAGGGAUGAUUUCACCUAUGCUUGUUCUUGCCAGUAGAUGAACAGGUGCUUUUCUUGUAUCGGAGUUUUUGUAUCUGUUAGAUUACAGUGAGGGAUGCCAUACAUGAUGAUGUAUGCUAGUUCACAAACUAUUCUUGCCACUAAAAUUUUGGCUGUCAGGUUGAUCGAUAUAUUCUCUUGUGCUGCGAAAA